GUAAAGCAAUAACAAUAAAUGAUAAUUACCAAUAUAUUUUGUGUUAUUUUUUUUAAACCAAUUUUUAUUAAUCAACUUAAUCCAAAUAUUAAGUUUUUUCGAAGAUUGCCAUCUAUUUAGAGCUACAAGUGGUCUACCAAGAGAUUUUCUUCGCAUUGAUAAGUUAAGCGAGGCAUCACUUCCAUAAGUAUCCUUAAGGAAAACUUAAAGUGGGCAAAUUAAGCAACACAAACAAAUUCAGUCGAGUGCAAAAUGAAAUUAGCUGAAAUUCCUUGAAUUCAAUUGAACAAAGUUGUCUCGUCUAAUUCGAUAAUUGAUCAAAAUUAAUUGCAAACUUUUUGCAUACUUCACUCGAAUUCAUCCGCACAAAACCAAUACGAAGUCCAGAUUGGAAUGGCAAUGGCCAUCAAAUUAAAAGCCGCACCGUUGACCGCAGGCAUCAUUAAAUAUUGGCAGGAAUUGUGGGAAAUGUGUCUGAAAUUGGCAUCUGAUUUGUUACGACGAGGAAUUUAUCGUCAAAAUUGAUUUUAUAAAACUUUCGUUGCUUCGAGUUAAGUUUAUCAAAAGUAUUGGUAAUUAAAGUAAUAAAGUCCUGGAGCAAUUAUUUCAUUUGGCAUUUAGCAUUUCGCACUUUCAUUAGUCAAAGUCAAAGCCAAGAAAGGCAUUUCUCCAUCGAUUUUAGCUUAAUUUCAUUAGGAGAAAAAUUGUUGGGCAAUUUGACAUAUUUUAUGGCUCGCUGGCAUUAGUAAAGCCUUUCUCGGCCGGGAAAGCGAGGAAAAUGCAUUUAAGAAAUUCUGACAGCCAACGCACACAGGUGCACAUUUUACCUUCAUGCGCGUGUGGGUGACUACACUGUAAACAAAGUUGUGUUCCUUAAAUCAACUUCAUCUAACAAAUUCUAUGAUUCCCAUUUCCCUAUCCUUUUGCUCAUGAUUUAUGCAAUUUCGCCUUGAAUUUCUUUUCGAUUAGUGCUUUAAAUGAUAGAGAUUUUCUGCUCAGAUUUUUCUGUAUGUUACAAAGAUUUCCCACUAAGCGCUCUUACCGAAUUUCGAUUUGCAUCUAAGCCAAAUGCAGUUAAACAGAGCAUGAUUCACUGAUAUAUGUAUAUAUACGUAAAAGGAAUAGUACAGUAGUUCCUGGCUUAAAGGGGCGGAAGGGGGGACCCCGGCCGUGCCUUUUUCAAGGCAAGACUGCUUAUCAUAAAUGACAAAUCUGGAAGUGAAUGCGAAUGCUAAACGACCAACAACUAAAUGGGCCAAAAGAGCCAGCAAAAUGGGAAUGGCUGGCGUUCCAAUUUUCCCUGCAUUUGGUGUAAAUGUAAAUGUAAACGAUAUAAUCGCCGGUCUCCAUCUUUUCCGGGGGGUGUGGGGUCCUUGGAAAAUUACCGCCCGAAUGGGGCAGCCAAAUGGAAAACACUGAAUUUCGGAAGCCAAAAUAAACGAAAGCCAUGAACCACAAGCCCUAAAACUUGUUUAGGGAGGAAAAGGCGGGUCUUAAAGUCUAUUCUAAUGGCUGAGUAACUCCCGAUCGAAGAGUUCCUGUUGGUUUACUUUGCUGAAAGUAACCAUUUGACUUAACUGAAAUUGACAGUCUUGUUCCCAACGGACUUUUGUUCUCGAACAGGCAGCAAAAUUAGGGUUGCGAUAGCUUACAAGAGGUUAACAACCUACAAGUGAGUUUUGCAAACUUACAAUUUUAAAAUAGGCAAUAUUAGGCAUAUUUUUAUUAGAAAAUUAUCAUAUUGUGAGUACUUCCCAAAAAAAAAAAAAUCAGAGAGCCAACUUUCAUCACUCGAAACCCCUCAGCCUUUUCGAAAUUCGCUCAGAAAUUUGGAGAGACCUAGAAACAUUUUUAGGAAUGUCCCGUUACCUGUACGCCGACCACAUCUUGGAGGCCUUCAAUGUCUUCCACCGACCUCUGGUUCUCGAAGAGGUAGCUGGAUAUGUGGCCGAAAUGGAAGCGAAAUCCAUUGACGAGGUCCGAUUGGCUGUGGAUAAUACGUUGACUGCCGGCUGGUUGCACGGUUUUCUUGCCAUGGAGAAUGGCAUAUACACUUUGAUCUGCGGCUAUUGGGAUGAGGAGCAGCCGGUGCCGGGCAAAAAGAAAAGAAGGCACGCCACCAAACCGAUGCUCCGCAGUUCCUAUCCCAUUGCAGAUGAUAUAUUCGAAUCGACCGAGGAAAGCCACUACGGUUACCAGAUCCUGUCUGCAUUUAAGGUCCUGCGGCGACCUCUCUUGCUCCACGAAAUCAUGGACUAUGUCGCCCGAUCCGUCGGAGGGGAUUCGAAAGAGGUUGGAAAGUCCGUAGAGGAGACGCUCUCCUUGGCCCUCAGACACCGCUUCGUUCACCGACAGGGUAAUGGGCUCUACGCUCUGGAAAACAGCUUGCUAAACUCCGUUUAGUUAAGUUUGGGUCACCUCUUUGCCACCACAAUGGAAAACUUGAACAAAUUUAGCAGGAACACAUUACAAAAUUUACUUUCACCAAAUUGAAUUAGAAAGGAUUACAUUAAGGUUAAAUAACAAAAACAACAACGAAGCUUGGUGAUUUUUCUAUUCAUUUUCUACACUUUCGACUAUUGUCGAAAUUUUUAUGACAGCUGUAUGAUAAAGUCGUCUGAUUUUUAUGAAACCUAAUUCGAAAUUCAAGAGUCGUUAGAAAACUCUA